AGAGCUGGCGUGGUUUGACUACUUGCCAAAAUUUCUAGCGGUGAGGCAGACAGUAGUAGUAGCUCUGUCCAACUAACUACAAUUGUUAUAAAUCAAAAGAAGGCGCUGCUAAAGGUGGGCAACACUCCUCGUCAUUUUCCUCUUCUGCUCCGAUCAACUGUUUCCUAUCUUCCUUCGAAGCGAAUUGAAGGCUGACACCGGUAACUCCGGUGGAAUUUCAGAUUAGGCUGAAAACGAUGGCCGUAGUUGCUUCUGCUCCCGGGAAAGUGUUGCUGACUGGCGGCUAUUUGAUACUGGAGAGGCCCAAUGCUGGGAUCGUGCUGAGCACCAACGCUAGAUUCUACGCCAUUGUUAAACCUCUCUUCGAUCAGCUCAGUCCUGAGAGCUGGGCUUGGGCUUGGUCUGAUGUCAAGUUGACUUCUCCCCAGCUCAACAGAGAGAGCAUGUACAAGUUGUCCCUUAAGAAUCUGAAUCUUCAGCGGGAAUAUGGAGAUGAACUUUUGGAUUUAAUGGAUUCUGCUGUUACUGCUGCUUCCAAUUCCAGUGAUUCGGGAAAUCCAUUUGUUGAACAUGCGGUGGAAUAUGCUGUCGCUGCUGCAAAUGCUACCUUUGAUAGAAAUAAGAAGGAUGACUUAAACAAGCUACUCUUGCAAGGUCUUGACAUCACAAUUUUGGGUUGUAAUGACUAUUAUUCAUACCGAAGCCAGAUAGAAUCACGUGGUCUCCCUUUGACGCCAGAGUCACUGGCUGCACUCACUCCUUUCAAGUCAAUCACUUUUAAUGUUGAGGAUGAUGCAAGUGGUCAACAGUGUAAGCCUGAAGUUGCAAAGACCGGGCUGGGCUCAUCUGCAGCAAUGACCACUGCUGUGGUUGCUGCUCUGCUCAAGUACUUUGGACUAGUGGACCUUUCUUCCUCCAACGAUAAGGAAACUAAAGAUCUUGAUCUGGUUCAUAUUAUAGCUCAAAGUGCUCAUUGUAUUGCCCAAGGCAAAGUUGGCAGUGGGUUCGAUGUCAGUUCUGCAGUUUAUGGUAGCCAGCGAUAUGUCCGUUUCUCCUCCUCUGUGCUUUCAUCUGCUCAGGAUGCAGUGAAAGGUUUGCCAUUACAGGAAGUCAUAGUUGAUAUUCUGAGAGGAAAUUGGGAUCAUGAGAGGACUAAGUUCUCUUUGCCUCCAUUGAUGACCUUGCUACUUGGGGAACCAGGAGUUGGAGGAUCAUCCACCCCAUCGAUGGUAGGUGCAGUAAGAAAGUGGCAGAAAGCUGAUCCACAGAAGUCUCAAGAAACGUGGAGGAUAUUGUCAGCAGCAAAUUCAGCGCUGGAAAGACAACUUAAAGCUUUAAGCCAACUUGCACAAGAGCAUUGGAUUGCAUAUAAGUCCGUGAUAGACAGCUGCAGCACAACAAAGAAUGACAAGUGGUUGGAGCAAGCUGCUGACCCCAACGAAGAAGCUGUUGCUAAAGCAUUACUGGGGGCAAGAGAGGCAAUGCUGGAGAUCAGAAAGUAUAUGCGCCAGAUGGGAGAAGCUGCGGGUGUUCCAAUAGAGCCAGAAUCCCAGACCAAACUAUUGGAUGUUACGAUGAAUAUGGAAGGAGUUUUGCUGGCUGGGGUUCCGGGUGCAGGUGGGUUUGAUGCAGUAUUCGCUGUGACGUUGGGGAGCUCUAGCAGCAGCAAUCUCGCAGCAACUUGGAGCUCGCAUAAUGUUCUAGCAUUGUUAGUACGAGAAGACCCGUGUGGCGUUCGUCUAGAAGGUCGUGAUCCGAGAAGCCGGGGGAUCACAUCAGGUGUUUCUGCAAUGAGCAUCCAGUAGGGGGUAUCUCCCGAUUUGUUGUAACGAAAUGUAUACUACUGUUGGAAUGAGAGAACUGAGUUGCCAUAUUGUGCAAUACGAGGUUUAGUUUAGGUUGAGACUUGAGAAUGGCUGAAACUGGAAGAUUCAGAGACCCUUUUGGUCCGAAUAAUGUCCCAGGCUUGAUAGGAAAAGAAUAAUUACUGUAAGGAAUGGCAGGUUAAAGACCGUUUGAUGAAAUGAUUACCACCAUCUUAGACCACAUGCCCUGGUUAUUUCUUUCAUGACCUAAUGUGCUACAAUUCAAAGACACAAGCAUUUGAGAUUGGGAUUACAACAGGAACAACAAUGACA